CCGCAUGUUCGGCCAUUGGAAGGUGCACUUUCUUCGCUUGGCGAUUCAUCUUCAUCUACAUUGGCUCUAAGUGCAAUUCGUGCUUCACAGCAAUCUGCAAUCUUGCGUUGGCAAGAUGGUAAUAUACGCGAUGAUAUGCUACGAAUAAUUGAUCAAUUUUUAGAGGAAGAAGGGAUGGGCGCAACUCGACAAAUUUUGGCGGAAGAAUGGAGUGGAAAGGUACGAGAGCGGGAUGAAUCGGCAGGAGAUGCGAGAAAAUUACGGAAAGCAAUCUUGGAAGGAGCAUAUGAGGAAGUCGAUAAACUUUUAUCGAAACCUUUGGUGAGAAGCAGUAAUGCGUUUAAAUAUGCCGUAUUCAAGCAACAAUACUUGGAGCAUAUCGAAUUGAGAGAAUACCAAAAAGCAUUCACGUUUCUCAACAAACGUUUAAGGGAGCUGGAGCAUUAUCAACCCUUUGCCGGUGAAUUCAGAGAUCUUUGUUAUCUUUUGAGCGGAAAGAGUAUCAGUGAUGCACCCUCUUUCAGAGCCUGGGAAGGUGUUCGACCGGCAAGAGAAGCGUUGGUCGCUCAAUUUAGCGAUUUGCUUGAACAAGAUCGAAGUGAAAUGUCUGGACAAACAUCAAAAGCACCAUUUAUACCACCGCAUCGAUUGAAGACGUUGGUACAUCAAGCUGUUGCCUAUCAAGUUGAAUUUUCUCGUUAUCAUCCCAAAAAAGCUCCUCGGGUAUCUACAUUACUUUAUGAUUAUGAAUCUUUCGUUUGUCCGAAUGCGAUCAUGUCAACGUGUUACGGUCACAGAAAGAACGUGAAAGCUCUUGCUUGGGUAGGACAAGAGGGUAGAUCGAUCGCCAGUGGAUCAAGCGAUGGUACCGUUCGUCUUUGGUCUACGUCCAAUGCUCAACAAGAAGCAGUGUUUGAGCAUGGUAGUAGAGUGUGGGAUGUUGCAGCUACUGAGUCAGGUAAUUUGAUCGCAAGUGCUGGUGGACAUGCUUUGGUCAAGCUAUGGAACACAUCUUCUCGUGAAUGUGUAGCAAAUUUGGGCGGACUGGCUUCAGCAGGAACAGGAAGUUCCGUAGUUCCGCCAACUGGUGAUGUGUAUAGCUGUGCAUUUGACGGAUACGGUGCUCAUCUGUUGACAGGAGGAUACGAUAAAAUUGUUCGAUUGUAUGAUCUUACAUCUUCUACCCUCAUCAAAACGUUUACUGGACAUGGUCUUGGUGUCAGUAGUGUCACCUUUGACCCGGCAGGCCGAAUGGCUGUAACGGCAAGCAAAGAUUGCAGCGUUCGAUUAUGGGAUCUGAAUUCCGGAUUAUGCAUUCGAACAGUUUAUGGACAUUUAGGUGAAUGUACAUCUGUUGAAUUGAGCGAAAGUGGCAGGGAAAUGUUAACAGCAAGUAAGGAUAACAGUAGUAUGUUACACGAUUUGAGAACGUUAAAACCUCUUCAAAGAUUCAAAGGAGCCCAAAACACACGUGCAAACUUUGUCAGAGCUUCUUUCGCUCAUAAUAGCUUGAUUGCCAGUGGAAGUGAAGAUGGAACGGUUUUAUUAUGGGAUCAAGAGAGUAGCGAAUGCUUGCAAACACUUACUGGACAUGGAGAAGGGGUGGUGUAUUGUGCCAGAUGGAAUCGUGCACAAUCUUUGUUGGCUUCUUGCGGUGAUGACGGUACAGUGCGUACUUGGUAUUGG